GACAUGUCACUCAGCCCAAUCGGAGUGGAUGUGUCAAAAGUCGCAGAAAUAAAAACAUAAAUUUCCUACGCCUUUUCACGAAAGGGCAAAUCAAUUUUCUUUAAAUUUCCGCGAUUCGCUGGGUGGCAUUGUGUUUCCAUUAACCGUUUACGUUUGCAUCGGCCAUUCCGCCGCCAAUUGGAAUGCGGGCGAGUUCUUUUGUUCAGCUCCGAGCAGUUUUCCGCACGAAGUGAUCCAGAUCUGAAGUCCGCGAGUGACGGAGUUGCCCCCCGGUGACUUCACUAUCAAGUUUGCAUUCACUUUCCGCACAGUUUUUGCUGCUCGUCUUGCCACUAUCGCGCUCGGGAAUUGUGUAAUAAAUGCAAAUCUAAUGAGUCCGCAGAUGAUUGUGUUUUGCAGUGGACUCGCGUCGAGUUGGUGAUGCUUCCUUGGGUGUUGUGAGUGUGCCUGUGCCAGACCUUGAGGAGCAAGCGGGAGUGCAUUUGCAGGCAGUCGACAUGUUUGGAGUAACCGAAUCGCAGAAGGAUAGCUUCCUCGAGCAGACAAAGGCAGCGCGCGAAGAACGGGCCUCCGAAAAGCGACGUGAAAAUGCGGCUGUUUGCAUCCAGGCACGGAUUCGAGGCUUCCUUGCACGCAGGAAGUACCAGCGGGAAAUUUUAACUGAGUUCGACGCCAUCAUUCCCGAUGUGAAAUCCGAUCAAGAAAAUGUGGAAUUUGCUGCAGCCUCCGAUGUCUAUCACGUUGCUUGCCGCUUUUUAUCUCAGUUUCGUAUAAACGAUAGUGACCAUCUCGAACGUUUCGAGAAGCUAUGCCGAUAUCUUAAUGCCUGCAUAGAAGCAGAGACGCCGAAAGUCAGUUAUAUCAGCUUAGCUCUGAACAAAAGCUACGGCUUACAAUGGAUCAAACAUAUAAAACAGAUGCUGUGGAUAUGUUGUCAGAUAAUCGAAACAUUGAAGCCAGAGCAUCACUCCCACAGCAUAUCUCUUGCACUGUACCUUCACACUCUAAUUGUAUUCACAUCAACAAAAACAUGGGGCAUUUUACGAAGCAAGAAUAUGACAAACAUGCAACCAGCUUCGCAGAAAAUUUGUCACAAUAUUCAAGGAGAUCUCGUUCAAAAAGGGUUUUUCCAAGUUCUACGAGGCACAUUACUUAAAGGAUCAACUCGUGAAGAACUCGCAUUGAAACCAGUCUCCCUAAAGGCUCUAAUGACCUUGGCCACUCGACCCCUAAUCGAUGGCGAAUUCAGUAAGAAUCUGAUGGCACAAUUUCUUUCGGAAAUUUUUUCUGUUCCUGCAUUAAUAUGGCAUUUGGAGAACAAUGCACCUGAAUGUAUGGCAAUGCUACAGUCGCAGAAGAUUUUGGAACGUAGUUUGAAUUUAUGGCCCGAUUUUGACUGGUUUAAGGACUUUUCAACCAGUGCAGCGGGCACAAAAACUGUCGCAUUUUUAGGUAAUUUUAUUCAUAUCUUCAAUAUUGAGGAACGCGACAGAGAAGAUACUGAUGUUGAUUUGUAUCAACAAAUAACGACCUCAAUUUCCAUUCUACUGGAAAAGAUCCCGGAAGCGGUUGGAAUCAAAUCAGGUCCAUUUACUCAGUGGCACGAUCUCCUUGGAUGGUAUAUACCAGGGUCGGAUAACGCUAACAACCAAAAUGUUCCGCUAAUCAAGCGACAGUUCCACAUGUUAUGGGGGCGACGUUGCAUUCGUGUUCUUUUAGGUGACACCCUGAAAGAAAUGAGCGCAAACUAUGAUAAAGUGGAAUUCCAAAGUCCUACACAAAAUUCUUCAACAAAUAUUUUGCGACGGGCAUUGGAACGAAGUUCAACCAAAGGGAAUCUAAGUAAAAGCGGAAGACCAUGGAGAAGAUUGGAUUCUCCCGAAGUAGUGAGGGUGGGAACAGUUUGUGCAAUGUAUUAUGCUGCAGUGACUACCUUAUCACAGUUGAAGCUAGAUAUUUUGUCAGGCAUAUGUUACAAUGAUUCGGUCUUACAUGAUUUAUGGUUACUUAUUGCAUCGUUGGGUCCGAAUUGUGGCCUCAAAGAAUUUCUCGAAUUACUUAAAUUGGAUCCAUCUGGAAAAUCUACACAAUUUUUGAUGUUGAUGUUGUUUUGUGAGUGCAUGACACACUAUGUUACUCUUCAAGACGAACUGGAAAUGUACACGGAGCAAGAGCCAUUUUUAUUGAGUGACUAUGUGGCACUUUCCUACUUUGUAAACAAUUUCUUAUUCAAAGUGAUUCAGGACAAUAUUAUAGAUCCUCGCACUGUGACAACUACACCACUCUUUAUAUCACUACACAAUCUCCUGCAAUGCUUUUAUCGACGCGAUUGUCGUCGUCAAUUUGCACCGACAAAUCACUGGUUAAUAACCGAAAUCCGCCCCUCUAACUUUAUCGGUGAUUUGGAAAAAGGCAAACGUCACUCACAAUUAUUGUUACAAAAAAUGCCUCAUAUCAUUCCGCAUGACGAUCGUGUAAAACUGUUUCGGAGAUUUGUUCAAAACGAAAAGGCUGUCUUAGGUCUAACUGAAUCAGUUUGUGCUUCACCAAGUUCAGCUUUGAUACGGGUCCACCGUGAUCGCAUCGUUGAGGAUGGUUAUCGUCAGUUGGCUGCUUUACGACCGCAUGCAUUGAAGGGUGUGAUUCGAGUGAAGUUUAUCAACCAACAAGGCCUAGACGAGGCUGGCAUCGAUCAGGAUGGCGUUUUCAAGGAGUUUCUGGAGGAGACUAUAAAAAGAGUGUUUGAUCCAUCGUUGAAUCUCUUUAAAACCACUUCGGAUCAAAGAUUGUAUCCAUCACCGAUAUCUUACGUGCAAGAUAACCAUCUGCAAUUGUUCGAGUUCGUCGGGCGAAUGUUGGGGAAGGCCGUUUAUGAGGGGAUUGUCGUCGAUGUGCCGUUUGCAUCUUUCUUCUUGUCGCAGUUACUUGGGCAAACUCUUCAAGCUAUGUAUUCGUGUAUGGACGAGCUCCCUUCACUGGAUAAUGAACUCUAUCGCAGUUUGACGUUCAUAAAACACUACCAAGAGGACGUGGCUGACUUGAAUCUUACAUUCUCCGUUGAUCAAGAUGUCAUGGGAAAGAUUGUUACACAUGAGUUGCAUCCAGGAGGGAAGGCUAGAGCUGUGACCGAUCAAAAUAAGAUCAUUUACAUUCACUACAUGGCAUAUUUCCAUAUGCACACCCAAAUUAAGGAGCAAACGGCAGCUUUUAAUCGAGGUUUCAGAAGUAUAGUUAAUACAGAAUGGCUUUCACUAUUUUCGGCUCCUGAAUUGCAACGUUUGAUAUCGGGAGACACGGCUCCGCUGGAUUUGAGAGAUCUACGAAGACAUACACAAUAUUAUGGCGGAUUUCAUGAUUCACAUCGUGUUAUUGGAUGGCUGUGGGACAUUUUGUCAAGAGAUUUCACUGAGGAAGAAAGAAAACUAUUUUUGAAGUUUGUAACGAGUUGCUCGAAGCCACCACUUCUAGGAUUCGCUCAUCUCGAACCGCCGUUCUCGAUUCGUUGCGUUGAAGUUGGAGACGAUGAAGACACAGGCGACACUAUUGGCAGCGUAAUACGAGGAUUCUUUACCAUUCGCAAGAAGGAUCCAUUGAAUCGUCUACCUACAUCUUCAACAUGCUUCAAUCUUCUCAAACUACCCAAUUAUCAGAGGAGAGCUACUCUUCGCGAUAAACUAAGAUAUGCAGUUUGCAGUAACACUGGUUUCGAACUAUCGUAAUUGGACUUCGUUGACGAUCAUAUACGCCGAUACGGCCUCUAUGUUAAGAUGAAACGUAAUUUGUUCUUGCUAUUAUUUCUGAUGGAGGUGCCACUGGGGAUGCUUUUUUCUGUUUGAAUCGUGAAUCCAGAAUUGUAAAACUAUGUAACGCGAUUAGAUCUGUUUUAGAACUCUAAACAGACAAUCACGAUACAUAUACAUUAGCAGGAAUGGAAUGGAUAAAUGUCAGGAUAUCAAAAAUCGUGGAAAAAAAAUUGAAUUUGAAAUUAUUUUUUGCACUAAAACAUAGGCAAUAAGCUGAGUUGAGCAUUUGAUGUAAAGUUAAACAUGAAUGCGGGUCAAAAGAAACGUUAAGCAAUCAAGCAAUCCAAGUCAAGGGCAAUUCAGAAUAAGUUAACGGAAAAAUCAAAGCAACCGCGAAACGGAGGCUAAAUGAAACUAAUUACAAGGUAAAUUACGUAGGUUAAUAAUUAAAUUAUAUAAUGAAGACGUAGAGCAAGCUAACAGCCUAACAUAAUUUAAAAGAACGAUUUCCACCGUCUUUCUGAUGGAGUCCCGUUUCCUACUUUCUUAUUUUUCGUUGUCUUACCUUCUGCAUAGCAUGUUUCCCCCGUCCCCAGAAGCCACUAUUUUCUAUCAACAAAUUCUAUUUAUCUGAAUCAAUUAUAUUUUCGUAGCAAUUUAUGUGUGGAAUUCGUCCCCUAUAAACGUUCAUUUUAGUUGGGCAGCUCACGUCUUACAUUUAGAGUGAUAAAGAAAAACCUCCAAUGGAAUUACACAAAACAUCUAUUUCUAAUAAGUCUGUGUCGUGACACUUAAUGAACAUUUAUGAUGUAUAUGUAAAGGAAAGAAUCAAAUGUUUAUAUGUAAGAAAAACAAAUUCAAUAAUUAAUGUAAAACAUAUGACUAUAUACAAACAUGAUCUACAAUAACGUGUAAUGAUAAUAUGUUAUUAUUGUUACUGAUUUGAAAUGGAGCUGCAAAUGUAAAUAGACGUCAAAGAUGAAAUUUUAUUAUGUAACUGUGAUAGUAUUGAAUAAAACUGAAAACACAAUGCGAGUGAAGCAGAGCAAAAGAGAGAGAUGUGUUUGUAAGGUUUAAA